CUUAAAAUACUCUCGGACGUCGGAAAUUGUGACUCGACAAUAUUUCUUGGCGCCAUUUGAGUUGUGUAUUAAUAGCAUUGGAAUUACGUUACUGGCGCCGCAAUGUAAAUAGUACCCGAGUGAUUUGGAGUAAAUUGUGACACAACACUUGGCACAAUAAAUUUGUGGAAAAUCAUUGGUAUAUCUCUCAAAAUGUCGAGCAAACACUUACAAACUGGAGAUCCAAAACCUGCUUUCGAUAAGACGAAGAAAUUUCGUAUCUAUAGCAUGAAAUUUUGCCCCUUCGCACAGGUAAGAAAUUUGUUUAAUUAAUUUUCAAGUAGAUAGUAUAUUUAAAAUGUCGUAUAGUUUCUUUAAAUUGUUUUAAAAGGUUGCCAUUUUCCAUUAAGGAAUUUGCGCUAUUGUUUCAGCCUUCUUGAGGUCGCUGUACCCCUACUAGAGUCACCCCAGGAACAUGCUAUAAAUACAAUAGACCUGGAGACUAUAUACACUAUUAGUCUAAACUGUUUAUGAGGAUAACCCUGCUUUGAGUAUCUUAGAGUUGCUCCUAUAGACUAUAGAUUCAUUUAUGUAAGUGAUUGAUACAGGUAAUCAUCAUCAUGAACAGUCAAUUAAUAUUAAUAGUGAAUUUUUUACCUUGCCAGUAUGACUCUACUGUUGUUCGGAAUAAUCAAUUGCAAAAAUAAUCGAAUAAUCAACAGCAACGAAUAAUCAAUUUCCUAAUUAGUUGAUUGAUCCUAAAAUCAGGUGGUAUAGCCCGUGGGGUGGGGGGAGGGGUUGAAAACUCACUUCUCUUUGGGACCAAUCUUGCAAUUCUUCCAGGAGACGGUGGCAGGGGUGGGGUAAUAUUGGGAAAAUUUGCCCUCAAAUCAAUAGUCGUAGAAUCUUCAUAAGCAUGAAUAUUAUACUUAUACUAUGUGAAAACAUAGAAAUAUACAAAAAUUUUCCCAGGGGCUAUAUGCGCCUAGACCCUUCUACUAACUAGUAAUUGUUCUGUAUAUUUGGUCAUGAUUAGAUCCCCCUUCCCCACUCGUUUGGGACUGGCUAUGUAAGCUGUGUGACUGUGUGUGAUGAGUUGUUCAUGUUAAACUAUAGAAUUAAUCCUGGCAUCCAUACAAACAUUCUCUUUAAAUUUAUAUGAAUGUUGAUUACAGCGAGCAAGACUGGUAGCAACAGCCAAAGGACUUAAAGAUUAUGACAUUGUGAAUAUCAAAUUACGCGAUGAUCUACCUGAAUGGUAUACUGCAAUCAAUCCAGCACGAGCAGUUCCUGCCAUUGAAUUUCCUGAUGGCCGAGCUAUUAAUGAAUCCCUGAUUGUUGCAGGUAUGUAGCUAUAUGCAGUGGUAUAUAAAUAGGCUCAGCGAGAUGGGGCGGAGGGUAGUCUUGGUUCCAAUCAGCGGUGGUGCUAACCCUAUUUUGAAGGGGGGAGGGGGGGGUAAAAGUUUGCUGAGUCAUUUUCCCUGAUGUAUACAUUCACAAACUUUUUUCCCUAGUAAUUAAUAUUUAUCCAAAUGCUGACCCCCUGGUAGAUCAAAAAAUGUUCUGAACUUAAUAUUCCUUCCAUUUUGUGUUCACGUACCGUUCGCUCAGUUUCUGCAAUGUUUCCCUAAAUUUCUACAAGUCUAAUAGCGGUAAUUAGCAAUUUAGUCUGAAGUUUCACUCAAAUAUUAUAUUUUUUUUCCUUCCUAUCCAAUUCAUAUCAUGUUUUGCAAACUGGGAAAACAAUUUGCCAACUGGUAUAAAAUAAUUUGUUGAGUACCUGACGGCUGGGGGUGUUCCACCCCCACACCCCCUCUCUAGCAGCACCCCUGGUUCCAAUGAUCUCCAUGGAACAGUUUUGAAUUGGGUUAAAAGUUAAAAUCUGAGAGUACAAUGUCUAUAAUUAUAAUGGUGAAAUGGCCUAGUUUGUCAUGGUUAUGAUUUUUUCUCAGAAAACUCAUCUCAGAAUGUCAGGAAAUGUUGUUUUAGAGUUCCUUGAAGUUCAAAUUAUCUCCAGGGUAGCAUGCUCCCAGACCCCCAUAAGAUUCCCACACCAUGCCUUAAUUGCACGAAUAUAGUAAAUUAACCUUUACUCUAACCUAACCCUAUAUAUUUGUGUGUGAAGCAUGGACGGUUAAACAAGUCAACACCCUGGCUACAUAAGUCGCUUCCUCCAUGUUACAUUGAAAAUAUAAUAAACUUCAUGCAGUACAGACCCAUUGCAGUCGAUUUCAUACAUGAGCACAAUACAUUACAUCUAGACAACAACUUGAAUCACUAGUACCCAGUAGAUGGAAUAAUGAACUACUGACAGAUCUUUCAUUAAAAGCGAUAAGCAGACCUGGAAAUAAUUCUAGCCUUUCUUGGAUCCUAGGCCGGGCGGAAAUAUUUUCUUUGAAAAUACUGUCAUCAAAUUUAGGCUGGAGGGGGCGCGAUAUUUUCUUUGAAAACACUGUCAUAAAAUUUAGUUAACUUAACAGCACUUAAAUUUUCACUUUAUACAGCUGUUAGGCAUUAACUGUGCUUCACAGCCUUCACUGUUAACAAAAUCAAUAAAUUGGAUAAAUUGAUAAUAUUAAUUAAUUCUAUGUUACUAUAAUUAUCAUGUUAGCAGCCGAUAAGGCUCAAUAGGAGCAAGCGGUUCAACCCCUAUAAACAGUCAAACUUCCUAAUGUGUGCACUGAAGAGAGGUGCAUGCUAAUAAUAGGGUGUGUGGCAAUAGUGCCUUAUUUGCAAUAUAUACAUUCAGACACCUUUCUAUCCUUAGCUAAUCCUUGCAUAUGAAAUGUACAGUAAAAAACAAAGAUCAUUCAACUUACUCCUUUUCAACAUCAACAUACUGCUUUUAUGACCACGCCUUAUAACAGUGGGAAUCCCAAUUUCGACUGCGACUCUUACGACAUUAAUUAAUGCAUGUCUCCCAGGACCCCUGCCAUUGUCAUGUUAAUUCAUUAAUGAGAAAUUUGUUUCCUCAUAUACGGUGCAUUGAAAACUAGACUAAAUAUCUAAUCAGUACUCAGUAGUAAUUGUACGGUAUAAGAAUUUUCCCAUUGUCCCCAAUUUUUUCGUUGCCCCCCCCCCCCCCGGGGGCGAAAGCCCUAGGAAUUUCGCCCCCUUUAGGAAAUGUGUAUGUAAUUUUGUCUCCUGGUAAUAAAUAAAUAAAUCACACAAUAAAUCUUUUCAACUUGCAGUCGUUUUGUUUUUAGAUCAAAAAUUCAAAAUUUAUAUGGGGGGGGGCGAAAUUCCUAAAGGGGGGCGAUAUUCCUAGGAGAUUCGCCCCGGGGGCGAAUAUCCUAGGAAUAUCGCCCACCUUUUGAGAGGGGGGGGGGGGGCGAAUUUCCUGUGACAUCGGUAUAGGAAAAAUUAUACUGAUAUUAUCGGUAUACUGGUUUUUCGCCUUUUUAAUUAGAUAGGCCUGGUGGAAAUUUGAAGGAAAUUUUGAUUUUGAAUAAUUUCAAAAGUCGAAAUACCGGUGGUUUAUGAUAAUUUCGAAGUUGUUGAGAUUGUUUAACACGAGAUUUCUACUUCUUUUACUUUGCAUUUGAGUAAAACAAAAAUUGAUUGAUUUCGCCACAUACAUGGUGUGUAAAUUUGAUACGGUACACUGAAAAUAUUGGAAAUUUUGGUAUGUUGGUAUGACAGAAAAACGCAUUUUGCAAUAUACCGACAUUGGUUUCAAUACCGAUAUUUUCGGUAUAUCGGUAUACCGAACAUUCUUACUAAUCAGGUUGUUUUAUGACUAUAUAUAGCGUUUGCACAUGACGUCACAUCCGCCAUGUUUGUGUUCCAAUUCAAAAGAAUUUUUAAAUUGUCUGGAACACCAACAUGGCCGCCAUGGCUUUUGUUGAGUUGGUCCCUGGGGAAUGAGUGCAAACGCUCUAGCCCAACGGCAGAUAGUUUUGCCGACCAGUGAAUGAGGAUAUUGUGAAUAUGUUCAUGUUGCAAGAAAAUAGAAAUAUCUUAACUCACUCAUUCACGUAUUAUUUUAAUCAAUAUCACUUGUGUUUGAACUGAUGUUGUUCAGAUUUUGUACGUUCUGUUUUAUACAUUUAGGUUACUUCAUAUGGUAAUCUAGCAGACUAAUGUAAUCUAGCACUCUAAACACCAUAACUGGAAAACUCUUGUACAUUGAACAUUAAUUACCAUUUCCCAAAGUCCUGGGUCUAGUCGCGCAAAUCCCAUGUUGGAGCGCGCGAAUCCCAUAUGGCAGCACACAUUUAAAUUAAAUUUUUAAUGUAAAAAGGAGAUAUUUCAUUUUUGGUCGUCUAAAAAGUUGAUAUUUGAUAGCAGAUACUUCUACUCUUUCACAUAUUUGACGCCUGUCACUAUAUAUUUUGCCCCUCCAAACGAUCCCAGAAUGCACUGUGAUCUCUUUUCGGAAAAGGCUAAUUGUGCAAUCCUCCAAUAUACGCGGAUACAGUAGCUUCGCAACCUCGUCUCAUGCCAAUUUUUCGCGCGAUUUUUGGUAACUACAUUUUCCGACAAAAGAACCCACACAAAAGAACCAGUGGAUCUUAGAUCACCAACUUGAAAUUUAGGCAAUUGAAACUUUAUGCCAGCUCCCAGAAGUGGAAAAUGUUCUUUUCUUUCUGGGAAUUUGGAUCAAAAUAUUUUGCAAAAGACUACGACAAAUAGGUGGAAAAUAACAAAAUUGUCGUUUGUGCGUCCAGGGGCGUAGGAAGCAUAAAAAAGUGUGGGGGGGGGGGCGGUUUCGAGGGGCACUUUUCAAAAGAAGAGGGCACCUAAAAAAUUUUUCCCGGAAAUGUUGGCGACGAGGGGAGGGAAGGUAUACUCAAAACAUUUUUCGGACAUGUCAUAAUUUUUUCGGAACAUAUAAUUUUUUCCGAAAAUAACAAAAUUUUUCCGCAAAUAUCAUAAUUUUUUUCGAAAAUAAGAAAAUUUUGUUCGGUCAUAUGAUAAUUUUUUCCGAAAAUAGCAAAUUUUUCGAUCUCAACGAAAUUGUUAACGUUGUCAGAAGGGCACUUUGCCACCAAAAAAAGGGCCCUUUUGGAAACUUGGGGGGAGGGGGCACGUCCCUCCGGUGGGAAAUACGUUCCCAGGUUCCAAUAUUUUGUCACCUCUGCUUUGUGCAUACAUGCUUUAGCUGAAGUAGAAAGCAUAUUCUAACAGCAGGUGUGGAUGAGUACAUACCUAUAAAUUAAUACUUUUUAACAGUGGCGAAGCCAGUCCGACAAUUUGGUCAUGCUAUGCAAAUAUUUCCGUGCUCAUACACCAUGAAAACAAUCAAUUUCUAAAGAAAUGAAUAGUGAUAAUGAUUUGAAAUUUGCAUAGCAUGACCAAUUGUCGGGCUGGCUUCACCACUGCUUUUUAACCAUAUUUAUAUGUAUACUUUUACCAAAACUUGACGAAAAGUGAAGCUCUCUUGGUUAAACAUCUUUCGAUAGUUCAGGUCAAUGAGUAAGAAUUGAGAUUAAGUUAGGAAUCCAAUGCAGUGGAACAAAGUACUUUUGGACAUGAUUCUUUCAAUGUAAAUCAUGAUUGAAACUAUAUUUUUCUUUGUAGAUCUACUGGACGAACUAUAUCCUGAGAACCAACUGCAACCGAAAGAUCCCAUAGAGAAAGCCAAACAAAAACUUUUCGUUGAAAAACAAGGUGAAACGGUGAGAUAAAACGAAUCUUUUUAAAGUGCACAUGAUACGAAUUCACGAAAUUAGGGGAGAUGUAUUGAUGUAAAGAAUAGCCUGCCAAUUAGUAUAUCCAAAAUGGCGGGUGCACGCACUACAUAAUUAUAAUCAUCUUGAAAAGGCCUGUAUUAAUUUAAAGCGUUAAAAGAAGAUACUGUAAAUGUUGCUUAAUUCGCAUACACGUAUUUGAACCUGCAAAACGUGUCGAUUAUUUCAAGCAACAAAGCAAAUACAAUUUUCGUUGUGAAAAGAAUCUCGAAGAGUAUUAAUUUCGUUAAAUAAGUAUAUACUGUAAACAUUUUUUAGUGAUUGACCGAUUGUGGCACAAUCGGAAAUUACCGAAUAUUCAUGCAACAAUCCACUCGAUACCGAUUUUAUAAUGAAGUCAUAACGUCAGUCAACGGGGUAAAGGUGACGUCAUUAGUUUCGAUUUUUUAACGAUGAUUUCCAACGUGACAUGUUACCUGACUCGUCCGCAGUCGCUCAUCCCUUAGUUAAGAGCACUCCCAUGGGCCUGCGCGUGCUAUUGUGCCAACCCGCAAGCGCCUGCACAUUUGCGCCUGUAUUCUAAUUUAUUCCGAUGCAAAUUUGGAAAAGUCCAACAUGUUACAGUACUGCAACCAAAGUUCGUUAAACCUGGUUUCCAUAUGGUCGUAACAGUCGUAAAGAUUGAGUCACAAUCUUUCUCAUUAGUCGAAAUACAACAUUUUAGAACUGAAAAUGCGCGGAGUGAUUAUAACUAGAGAAUACUUAUGAUUUAUAUCGGGCUUACAGGUUAUUUAACAGUACGUUAUUCUACGAACUCGAGUCGAAUAUGAGCCGAUAGCUGAUGAGGCGGGUAGCGCCGAAUCGGCUAUCGCUCAUUUUCGACGAGAGUGAGUAGAAUAACUGUUUUAUUAUAUACACAAGGUCUGAAUUCACAGACAAUAUUUUCACAGACAAUAUUUUCAAUAUUUUUCUAUUUUGUUGAUGUUUUUAUCUUCGCUCUUUCGGCCGAUUAUUUUUUCAAAAAUAUAUAUUUUUAAGCAUUUUAAAUGUAAAAAAUUCAUUUGCUAACCUGUAAACAAUUUGUGGGAGUUUUUUCAUUGUGUUUUAAUCCUGUAAAAGCUAUAAAAAGCGAGCAACUUGCCGUUUUCUCGUUCGCUCGUUCGCAAAACGUCGGAAAUUCAGCUUAGGCCGCCAUUUUGUUUUUCUCUACUAGCAGGAUAUGAGCUAAUAUAUGAGACAGAUAUGAGCUAGAGAACCAAUCAGAUUGCAGAAUACCUCAUAUCCAGACCUUGUGUAUAUAAUAAAAAGUAUUAUAAACUGGCCGUUGAGAAAGAUCGUGACUCUAUUUUUACGACCAUAUAGAAGCCAGGCUUUAACACGAAACGUGUAUCGUAUCAACACGAAAUUUCCACUCGAAAUUUCAAUCUAUAAUCUCUUCAAAAAUCAAUUUUUAAAGUGCGUGUUUUCUCAACAAUCAGUGUUACACAAACGGAAAUACAGAUAAUCUGCAGGGUCCCCACGGUCCUUGAAAAUCCUGGAAAGUCCUUGAAUUUGUUAAAAAAAAUCCAGGCCUGGAAAGUCCUUGGAAACUGAUAAGGUCCUUGAAAGUCCUGGAUUUUUUUUUCAGUAGGCUGGAAAUAAUUGAAGAAUUAUUACCAGCCCAAGGAUUAUUGCCCAAAUGUUUAUUUUCCCAAUUUCAAUUAAAAUUAUGUAUAACUUGUAUAAGUUAGACGAUUUUCAAAGAUUUUUCUAGUUGCCAGGUCCUUGAAUAUACUGAAAAAGGUUCUUGAAAGUCCCGGAAAAGUCCUUGAAUUUCAUCUUCGCUAAAAGGUGGGGACCCUGGAUAAUUCUACCGCUUCCGAUUGUCUUCUGAUAAGGCAACAAUCUGCACGAUAUCGGUCAAUCACUAAUACUUUUUAAUCUGUCGAGUCCCUAAAUUCUACGGUAUUGUAAAUACACGGCUUACCCGUGGGAUUUAUUCAUUUUAUAUGUCUCCCAAAAUUUAGAUAUUUAAAUGCUGCGCAUAUAUACUGCAUGUAAGCAAAUACAUGCCAAAAUCCAUUUGACCACGCUACGUCGAUAAUUACUAUCUGUCACUUAUCUUGGUAAAACCUUCCAUUUGUUUGAGUUCGUUCUCCGCCAGCCUAUGAGUCCCAGUCGUUCUGAAGCAAGCGCGAGAAAAAAAACGUGGAUGUAGUACGAGACUGGAACCUAAGUGUGACGUCACAGCUAAAGUUGCUUCAGAACGCCUAGCAGAUUUCAGUAUUUUAAUAUGGCGGAAAAUUUGUAUAUACAAAUAACCUUGUAAAUGCGAUAAUGUUCGUUGAUCAUAUUCGAUGUCUACAUAUUAACCAAAUUCAAACUGUAUUAAUUAAAAAUGUGCUCAAAAAUUAUAUACAAAUUUACGAUACUGAGUCUGAGCAAUGGUAAAAUGUUCAAAACAGUUUUGUCGUAUAAUCGUUGAUGUUAUUUAUAUACUCGCUUGUGAUCUACACUAGACCAUACACAACUACGCUUUCUUCUUGACAGGUUUAAGUAGCCGAGGAGAUUGGAAAUAUAUUUGCCUGACAUUACUGUGUUGUCAAAACAUUUUUAGUCGGAGACUCGGGAUAAUUUUCAAGCUUCCAGAUAGCAUUUAGUAGCUUUAUAUUUUAGUAAACACGAGUCAUAUUUAGCCCGUUAGUCUAUUCUGACCGUAUGGUAGCGAAACGUACUCACUAGCCUAUUUCAUUGUUCCGAUAGCAUUAGAGCAAAACUAAUGACUUAAUAGUUAUAAACGCAAAGGAAAUUUCCAUAACAUUUUCUAUUUACAAAUGCAAUGUGCUUGGUAACCAGGCCAGGGACCCCUUUUUUGAAAUCAGGGACCUUUUUACUGAAAUCUGCUAGGCUCUCGCGUUGAAGCGUUCCGCGCAGCACACCAGACAUAAAACUUUUAAGACUUACUAACUAAAUCAAAGCAGCGUACAGAGAGAGAGAGAGAGAGAGAGAGAGAGAGAGAGAGAGAGAGAGAGAGAGAGAGAGAGAGACUAGGCUGGUUCUAGGGCUAGAGCCUGGGACUAGGCUGGUUCUCCGCCAUAACUGCCAAGAUAACUCGUAAUACAUGAUUGUCAGAGAUUAAGUUACGAUGUACCAUAUAAUAGUUCUGAAGAUGUUUUAUGAUUGCCAAGUAAGCGAUAUUAACAACUGCAUAAUCGCCAUUAAUCGGCUGGCGUAAUCCUUUGAAGUCUCAUAUUUCAGUUUUUAACCCGCGGGCGUACAGGCAUACCCGAGAUUGGGAGAUUAAUCACGGCCUGCAGAGGAGCUAGCUAGCGUAACUGUACCAAAAAAGUGUAAAGGCUUCUGCGUCACAGAUUAUUGUAAGCAUAUGUACUCAUACAAUUUCAGGAAGUGUCUAUAAUUGUAAACCGUAUUAAUUAUUGUAUUAAUAUUUGGUAUUCACUAAUUGACAUAUUCCAGUCCAGUACAACAAAUGCAGUAUAAAAUUUAUUACGGUAACUCCAAUAUAUUGUUAACUUUACAGUUCAUUCCGUCAUAUUACAAGCAUUUGAAAGGAAGGACGGAGGAAACAAAACAAGAAUUGUUGAAGAAUAUUUCUAAAGUUGAGCAGUAUUUAGCUGAAAAUAAAUUGCAGUAUUUUGGAGGU